AUGGGGAAAACCAAGCGAAUGGGCACUGCGGGGACCUCCUGCGUGACCCCAGCUAGACACAACCCUGGCCCGAUGGAUGAAUUCCUUACAACACCGCAGGACGCUCGUGGCUCUGAUGGCACCGUCACGCCGGCACCAUCCUCGCAGGGCUCCGGCACGGCACACUCGGACCGGACCUCACCAGCAACCUCCACACUAUCCAAAAUAUCAGCGGACAUAGCAAAAAUCACAGCAAGCAUGCUUACCCGCAAAGACAAGGUGGAUAUGGUCGCGGAACUGAGAGCAGUCAUCAGGGAGGAAAUCACAGCGGUCCGUAGAGACCUUUACAGCGAUGGAGCAGCGCGUGGACGGCCUGGAAGUAGACCGUCUACAGAACGCCCAAUACCGGCAGGCAGUGGAACUGGCAACUGGGAGGCAAGGAAACAUCCUACUGGACAUCCGUUGACAGGUCGAAGACCUCGAUAAUAGAGGUCGCCGCAAGAACAUAAGAAUCAGAGGCCUCCAGGAGGCGGAGGGGAAAGUCCCCAAAGAGGUCCUCACAGGCCCGUUCACGCAGCUCUUAGGUGAAACAGCCCCCAAUGAUUUUGGCAUCGAACGAGCACACCGGGCCCUGUGGGCGCCCAGAAGAGACGGCCUACCAAGAAAAAUCAUAUGCUCGCUGGAAUCCUUCCAACUAAAGGAAGCCAUAAUGCAAACAGCUAGAGUGCAACAAAGGAUUAUAUACAUGGACUCCCAGGUCUCCCUCUAUCAAGACCUGUCCACAAUCACCCUUGAUGCUCGCCGAGCCCUGAGACCGCUAACCCGGAUGCUACAGGAGAGGAGAAUACCCUACAAGUGGGGGUUCCCAUUUAGCCUCCAAGCUAGGACGGGCAACGUUUGGCACAUAAUCCGAUGGCCAAACGAUGCUCCCCGCUUUUUGACCGCAGCAGGCCUGCCCACAAUACAGAUCACGAACUGGAUCCUAGACGGUCCUCCGGCCUGGGUGACAGGACCAUCGGAAGUGGCACACAGGUCCCUGAAGAAUAGACAUAGCCAAGCACCCUCAACAAGAGGUCUUCACCCCGGGCCAAAGAUGAGCACCCCGCAACCCCGACCCACGUGUUAA